AUGAUCCACCCUACUUUCGAAGCCUCACCACAAGUACCUCUUAGCUGCAACGGAUCGCAAUUCGGUAUUAUUGCAAUGCAAACACAACCUGAGCCUGAGACUGAAGUUACUGGUCAAAGUGACCAUGGUCCUGGUGGAGCAAAUAUACAUGGUAGCAUGGAGAAUAGCAAUAUUCUUCAUGGAUGCUAUACACCAGGAAAUCAAUUGCAGCCUAUGUUAAGGGAUGACAUACCAGGUCUACGGGGUAGCCCUGAUAUUAGUCUAAUAGAGACUAUAGGUCAUCCAUCGGAGGAGAUGUAUUUGCGUGAUGAGACCCCACGAGCAGGUAUCUGGGAGUUGCAUAUCGGGCCCGACGCCAGCACAGUCAAUGUACACGAUUUCAAUCUUCCAUCAGGCAUGAUGGAUCCCCUUGGCGGGACCCCAGACGGCUACGAGUUGCAUAUCGGGCCCGACGCCAGCACAGUCAAUGUACACGAUUUCAAUCUUCCAUCAGGCAUGAUGGAUCCCCUUGGCGGGACCCCAGACGGCUACGAGUUGCAUAUCGGGCCCGACGCCAGCACAGUCAAUGUACACGAUUUCAAUCUUCCAUCAGGCAUGAUGGAUCCCCUUGGCGGGACCCCAGACGGCUACGAGUUGCAUAUCGGGCCCGACGCCAGCACAGUCAAUGUACACGAUUUCAAUCUUCCAUCAGGCAUGAUGGAUCCCCUUGGCGGGACCCCAGACGGCUACGAGUUGCAUAUCGGGCCCGACGCCAGCACAGUCAAUGUACACGAUUUCAAUCUUCCAUCAGGCAUGAUGGAUCCCCUUGGCGGGACCCCAGACGGUCACGAGUUGCAUAUCGGGCCUGAUGCUAGUCCCAUCAACUUGAAUACACAAGGUGUUCAUCAUGGAGAUAACCUAGUAGAUAUAUCACACGGAUUUUGGAGUCGGCUUGGGGAGUCGGAGAGCUUAAUGGAUCCUAGUAACGAUGAAACAUCCAAAGAUCUAUCCUCAACAACCCCAUCCCAUCCGCUGACAGCCCGUCAUUCUGUUCCUGUUACUUAA